GGCAGUUUGACACCUCCGCUUCCCCCACAGAGACGCACUCAGAUCGGCUACUCUUUACCUGCAGGAGACGGACGGCAAUGGCGACCGGUGACAGCCAGGCAACCUUUGAGUCAUGGCUCAACCAGGCCACAGACCCAAACAAUGAGGAGGACAGAUGGGACUGCAUCCAGGGCUUCUACCAGCUCGUCGACCAAGAAAGUGAUGGGCCACAGGUAGCUGUUCGCCUUCUUGCCCAUAAAAUCCAGUCGCCACAGGAGAAAGAGGCUCUGCAGGCUCUCACAGUUCUCGAGGCAUGUAUGAACAACUGUGGAAAGCGGUUUCACAGCGAGGCAGCCAAGUUUCGCUUUCUCAACGAGCUCAUCAAACUCUUAACACCCAAGUACUUUGGCGCCUGGACUCCACAGAACGUUAAAGACCGAGUGACGGAGGUCCUGUACGGCUGGACUCUUUGGCUUAAAGAAGAACCCAAGAUUCAGGAAGCUUACAGCAUGCUCAAGAAACAAGGUAUUGUAAAGAAAGAUCCCAAACUGCCAGACAAAAUUAUAAUGCCACCUCCAACACAAAGAUCCACAGACUCUGUUUUUGACCAGGAGGAGAAGGCCAAGCUGUUAGCCAGAUUAUUGAAAAGUGCUCGUCCUGAAGACCUGGAGACUGCCAACAGACUCAUUAAAAGCACCAUGAAAGAGGAGCAGGAGAAGGCAGAGAAAGUGUCAAAGCGUGAAUCUACUCUGAAGGAGGUGGAGAGCAGUGUCAAACAGCUCAGAGAGCUGCUGCACCAGCACACCAUCACCGGCACCUUGUUAGAGCCGUGUGAUGACGUGAAGGCUUUGUACGAGCGAUGUGAUCGUCUGAGGCCCAGCUUGUUCCGCCUGGCCAGCGACACCAUGGACGACGAUGCAGCUCUGGCACAGAUCCUGGCGGCUAACGACGAGCUAACACUUGUAGUGAGCGCCUACAAAGACCAGGCGGGAAAGAGAGAGUGUAACGGUGGCAGAGAAAGAAUAAGAAGUGAGGAAGAAAUGGAGAGUAAAAAAAAUGCUCCAAAGAGUCCAGGAGAGAUUAAAAGCUACCACCUCAUCGACCUGUCAGCACUGGACUCUCCACAGACACACAGAAAAGCUGAUUCACCACCGACCUUUGAAUCCUCUUCACCCAUGUUUUCCUCUCUUCUGGAAAGCAGCUUCCACUCAACUGCUGAACAGGACUUCAGUGAAUUAGAGUUAGAUAAUCUGGUCUCAAAACAGACUCAAGACACUUCUAGGUCGUAUUAUGAAGAACUUCUGCAGUUUAAUGGAGAUUUUCAGAUGACGAAUGCCGAGCAGAACGGAGGGAGAGGUGUUGUGUUGAGAGCCCGUGGCUGUGGGGGGAGCAGCAUUACAUCUAAUGGGACUAACAUUUGGUCACUUCCUCACAAUCAACAGUUUACAGAGUCAGGAUCACAAUCCAAGUCACAGAAACAUCUCAAUGAAGGAUCAGGAUAUCCAGUGAAAUUAGAAGAGAGCUCGAGUCUCCCACCACUCCUGAAAAACAUCUUUGUUCCUGUGGAGACCAUCAAACCCAGUCAUCUUGAGCCGAUCACUUUACACAAUCAGGGCGGUGUCCACGUCUCUCUCCAUUUUGCCAAAGACUCUCCACCAGGUCAUCCAGGUGUCGCCGUGGUCGUCAUCUCCACAGUGAACACGUCUGCUCUCGACGUGAAAGACUUCCUGUUGCAAGCUGCUGUUCCAAAGAAUAUGUUAGUGAAACUGCAGCCUGCCUCGGGGACACACCUACCUCCUUAUAACCCUCUCCUGCCUCCGCCGGCUAUCUCACAGGUCCUCCUAUUGGCUAAUCCUCAGAAGCGAAAGAUGCGUCUACGCUUCAAGCUGACACUGACACACGGAGACCAACAGCUGAACAAGACCGGAGAGCUUGAAAACUUUCCUGACUGGACCUCUUUGAUCAGUCACUAAAAAAACUUCAGAGACAUGUAUUACACACAAAAAAACCUCUUGACCUUAAAUCUAGAGAGUGAAGUGAACUAAAGUGAGGAAGAAAAACUCAACAAAAAGGUGUGAAACUUGUGACAAUGCCUGCAGUUGUUCCUCGUGAGGUAAACAAACACAACAAAUAUAUCAGAUUUUGUUUUUUCUGAUGCAAAAAUGAUGAAAUAAUGUCUGACAGAUUUAUAUUGCUCUGAAAAGGUGAGUAAACUCUAUUUCAGACAUAAACGUGUUAACCUUUAGGGUGGGUUCGGUACAUUUGAGGUUUUCACUCUUCUGCUGUUUCUGCGAUUUCUGCCUCCUGCAUGUUGUUUAAGUGCAGUUUGAUCAUACGGUUUGUGCUCUGCACUCCUUUGUAUGCUGACACGUAGCUGGUUACAUGUCAGCACAUGACAAUUGGUAUUUAUUUGCUUUUUUUGAUGUUCAAAAUUCCCAAAGUGCCUUAAAGAUGGAGAGGUGUUGUGUUUUUAUUAUGUAUUUAUUUGAAGAAUGAGGUUGUCUUAAGGAAUGGAUGUGUGAGAGAAGAUUUGUAUUUGCCAAUAUUUUGCUCUGAUGCCACAUUUUAUAGAAAAUUGUUUCAUUUAAACAUUAAACACAAGCCAGUGAAAGAUCUUCUCCACUAUGACAAAACAAAAAAUAUCUGCAAAUGUUUCCACCUGACAACAUGUGGUAUAAAGAAAUGUGCUACGAAUACAGAAAUGCUGCAACUUAAAUUUCUUCAGGACUGUAAAAACUAAUGAAUAACAUCAACUACUCAGUGAUAAAAACAAGCAAAUAAGGUUUAUUAUUUAUUGCAGCUCCUCUUUUCUAAAUGUGAUUUUUGUUUUGUCAUAGUCGUGAAGAUCAUUUUUUCAUUUGCUUUGCUUUUUUCUUAAGUUUGUGUUUUUUAACUCUCUCAGCCACCAUAGAUUUAAUGACUCUUUCUAAGCAACUGCUAAUUUAAUACGAUCAGUAUUCCUGACCAGCUGUUUUAUACUGUGAAGCUUUAUUAUUGGAGCCCAGAGCAACAAAUCCAGUGAAACUUUGCCUUUUGGACAACUUAAAGCCAAUGUAAAUGUCAAAAAUGUUUCUUUGAAUGUCUUUCCAACAGUGUGUUGUUCUGCCACAUCAUCAAUAAAAAAUAAAUCCAGACUGUGA